GGCGACCAGCGAGCUGUGCACGCGGCCCCGGCCUCGAGCUCCGAGCCUCGCGCCGCUCCACUUUCUAACGGCUACUCGGGCUUGUGCCGCCCGGAGUGUAUGUGGGGCGGAGUGAGGAGAGGAACAGGGUCUGAGUCGGUGAGUGCCAUGGAUUUUCUUUCUUUUCUUCGGGCUUGGGCCUGGCCCAGGCAAAGCUGAGGUAUGGGGGCUUGAGUGGUCGCCCUGAGGAUGAGGAUCGGGAAGUGGGGGUGAGGGCGUUAGGCUUUGGGGACUCCCUCUGCCCUGGAGAGGCUGGAAAUGGGGCCUCCUGGGCACCGUUGGGCCCGGCUGGGCAGAGACCAGGCCGGCAUGUCCCCGGUCCCUGAGACAGCCUGAUUUGGAAGUGUGUUGUGGGGCUGGUGGAGGCACUUGGAGCUCUGUGUGGGGUCACUGGCCAUGAGGUAUGGCCUCUGACCUAUGAGAGGUUGUCCGGGGUCUCUGGACUGAGACUGGAUCUGGUGACUGGAGAGGUCUGUGACUCUCCAGAGGUUCUUGGGAGUCUUUGACCAAGAAAUGAAACUAGUGAGAACGUGAGAGGUUUUCUGGAGUCCCUGGAUCCAGCCUGGGCUGACAGUGAGUGUUGAUGAAGUCGAAAGCCCAAUGGGAAGUUGUCAAGAGUCAUUGCAUCCUGGCUGUGAUGGGAACGUGUGGCUGCAAGACUUCUGGGGGACUCUGGCUUCUGGGUUGGGGUGCUCAUGUAAGAUUUUCCAGGACUGGGUCCAGGUUGGACAACGUGGCCAGGAGGUUAGGGCCAUGGUCUUCUGGAGGUUCCGGGGUGGGGAGGGUGUCUCUGAAUCCCAGCAGGUUUUUUGCCCUCCAUGAAGUAUUACUGUUUUGUGGUGGCUCUAGAUAGAACCAGGAUUGAGUCGUGUCUUGGGCCUUUUAGUCCCUGUUCCCAUUCUUCCGCAAACUGUUUCUGGUCAUUCCCAGAAGACAUCAGGCUCUAAGCAUGGGGCAGCUGCUUGGAGACGAUGGACGUUGUACUGGAGCAUAGGAGGUGUGUGAGAUAUCCUGCUCUUUAGGAAAUCACCCAGGUUGUCUUUACUGAAGAUCUUUUUAUACUUAUGAGGCAGGAUGUUGAUAUCUAAUUUCACUCCGCUCUUCAAGCUCUACCUGGUACUAAAGCUUUCAGGGUACUUUCAUGUACACCCAGAGUUCUUAAACCAAGGGUGGAGGUGCAUGGGGGGAGUCUAUGAGUGGAUUACAGGGUCUAUGAGCUCCUGGAAAUAAUCCAAAAAACUGUAUGUGUGUUGGCGGGGGGCAGGCGGUAAAAGCAGCCACAAGGAUGAGGAGUGAAGCCUGUCCAAGGGUGAGUUUCAGAGCAGUCUGUGACUCUCUUGUCAUUCAUAUGCAAAAUGGUAUAAGAAUCUACAAUUUUCUGAUGUAAAGAGUUGAUUCCACGACUUACAAUUUUAAAAAGCAUAGUGACCCCCUGAGAGGUUAAGAACCACUAAAAUAAAGCAGGCUCCCAUAUUAUUUAUGGGGCUUAGGCAAGACUAGAAAUGGAGAUUUCCCCUCUUAUCCCCACAUCUGGUGUUGGCGCAUACUUCAAAGUGUCUCACAUACUAGCCUGCAUGUCCAAGUUCCGUCCACGUGCCCCUCCCACCCAAUCAGGGCCACACAAUUACAUCAAUCACAUAGCCCACUCAGAAGAGUAUAGACCUGGGUCUGAGGCCAAUGUAAACCCAGGAAGUGGGCUAUUUGGGCCAGGAGGUCCAGGGUUCCGAGUUCCCAGAGCAUGGUCUAGAAUUGGGGGGCACAGGUUCCAGGGGGGUACUUCCUAGAUACCCUUGGACUCCUCAGCCCAGGGGGAGGGACACAACUAGAGGUCAGAGUGGGGCCCUCUGUCUGGAUUUGAGGCAAUAUGGAUAUUCAAUACUGGUCUUGAAAAUAGUCCCUAUGAGGAAGUUGAGGGUCUCAGAAGAGUUAACCCCAUGUUAGUGCUGAAGAAAAAGGCAGUCCACUGUGAGGAUGCAGUGGAACCUAAGUUGUUUUUACUUCUCAUCUGGUUGUUUUGCCACUUAAUCCACAAAAGGUGUGCUAUGAUAGGGUCUCUAUGAUCUAGAUUCAGCUCACCUGCCUAUUACUAUACCCAGAUCUUGGGCUAUGUAGAACAUAGAUUUAAGGGAAGAAAGAAACUCAUUCAUUCUGUGGUGCCUCUCCUCUGGUAUGUGUUGGAUGUACUUAACUAACUAACUAAAAAGAGUGAACAUCUGAAGAUUUAUGUAAGGUUUGGAUAAUUGGUUUUAAUCUAUAUAAAAUGAUGCAGGGAGUUUAACCACCUUAAUUUGCCGAAAGUGAUGUGUUCCUGGGAAGAGUGGAAAGUUCAUAGAACUUUUCUGAAUUGAAUCUUGUUUAACCUGGCUUUUGGAGGUACUCAAUACCUCAAUACGUGAGACCAAGGGAGAAUAUUUUCAUAAAACAAAUAAUCAUCCCUCUAAUUGGCAUAUUCUGAUGGUUUAGUUUUAAUUAUAAUAUUUGAAGAGACUCUAUACUUGUUUUGCUGUGUUGACAUUUUUACAGCAAGCUGGGUUGUGCCUGAAGGUCAAGUCUAUCAGUAAGAAUAAAAGAUAUCAGAUUUCAAACUUUAUUUAGUAAUAUGAAUAUUAGAAAGGAUUGAGAGGCAAAAAUCAUACCUCCUUUUCCCACAUUCUUUUCUUCCAAUUAUAUCCUACCUAACCUCUCCCACCUACGGUACCCUCUCCCAGGAUGCAGGUUUGUGUCCUCAUGACCUGUGGUUUCCUGGCUCCACCCCAGAGAGACAACUGCAGGAGAUCCCUACUGAGUCAGCCUGGGAAGUGGAAGGUGGGCAAGGUUUCUGAGGCUGGGGAGGAGAGUUCUUUCAAGAAGAGAAACACAAGACUUCCCUGGUGGUCCAGUGGUUAGGACUCCGGGCUUCCAAUGCAGGGGGCACGGGUUCGAUCCCUGGUCAGGGAAGUUUUGCAUGCCGCGCAGCCAAAGAGAGAGAGAGAGAGAGAAAGAGUCAGCAGUGUCCCUACCCUUCCAAGUCAAAGAGGUAUUUGCUUCUGCUUCUGCUAUCACUGCUCAGUGCAAGGUGGUUUGGACUGUGCAGUCAAGAAUGUCAAGAAUGUAGGAAGGAAGAAGGGCUGAGGUGUAGAGGGCCCUAGAGAUACCUCUAAGGAGGCAGUCUCUAAAGGGAUAUCCUUAGAUGGGGGUAGACACCAAGUGGGAGGAAAGACGGGGUUUCCCAAUCUUGGGGGCUUUUGUUCACUGAAUGGAGAGUCCCCUUGCCCCUUGCCCGCACUUCUAGGUUUCCUGAGAGCCCGCUGGCACUCCCUGUCAACUGCGUAAGACGAUGCUGCCCUUUGAGCACAGCCUCCAACUCUUUUGAACAUCAGUGGGCAACCACCAGUAGGGGAGCCGAGUCAUGGGCACAUGAUGUAGGCCCGGGAGUUGAGGGGACUCUACUCCACUGGGUGAUGAUGUAAUCUUCCAGACCCCUAUACCUACACUUGGGGUUUCUCCUUCAUGGCUUUCCCCACUUAUCCCAUAUCCUCAGGGAGUGUGUAUUUCUGUAUUGGAGGAAGGAUGUUUCCCUCUGUAUACCUACAUGUCAGGGAUUGGUGCAUUUCUGUGUCCAAAUCAAGCGUCUUUUAUAUGGGUAUCUAAUGAGUCCCUGGGUGUGGUGGUGUGAGGAGUUAGAAAGCUCAGAAAUGGAAAAUAUUUAACGACCAGAGUAGCAAAUGAAUACAGCUUGCCCAUUUGCAUUUUCCCUUUCACUCUGACUCAUCUUCCCCUCUCCCCACACUAUUAUUGCCCCUCCACUAGCCCCACCCAUUGGCACACCCUGUCUGAUCUAGGAGGGAUUAACAUCCGUUUGCACCCAAGCUAGAAUGAGAGGUAGAGGGAAGGCAUAUUAGGUCUGGAGAGAGAGUAGAAGGAUGGUCUGAACAUUUGGGGGUCCUGGAGCCAAAAGGUGAAACAGGAGUUUUAGAGACAUAAUAUUUGAGUCUAGGAGGGGACCAGAAUCUAAGAGAGAAGCCUAGGGGGAACCAGACUGUGUCUUGUCACCAGAGCAGCCUACCAGUGCCUGACUCAUUAACCUUCCAGUUAUUUAUUAGGCACAUAUCGUAAGCGAUUUAGCAGCAGUUGUUCUGUGAAUGAAAAUUCUGCCACAGGACGAGGAAUAAUGAACUAGUAAGAAACAGAGAAAGAAAUUUGAGUCUCUCAGAGCUCAUCUUUUCCCCAGGUUAAGGAGUGCUAAAGUGUGAAAAGAGGGGAAAUCUCUGAGGACCUUCACCCCCUGGGCAGGAAGUCAAAGAAACCUCGGAGUCCUGAUUUCAGAGAAAUGUCAUUUGUCAUCAACCCAAGAAAAGGAGUUUUUCUCUUCGAAGACCACCACAGGCCCUUCCUGGGGUUGCCCCCAUCAGAGCCUGAUGGGAGGAUCUGAGUCACUCACACACCCAGUCCCCAGUGAUGUCCCAGAUGACAGGGGUCAUUCCCACAGAGCAGUUGAGGCUUCCUAGUACCAAGGCAGAGAGAGGGAGGAGGAGGCAUGCUUUUGGCCUCCUGCACUCUCUCCUUAGAAUGCAGAUGUUUCAGUCCUUUUUACUUCUGAGGUAGUAGGAAGAGCUUCCAGCUGCUAGAGAUCUACUGACACCGCUAAGAAACAGAACUAAUACUAUUUGAAUGAUGCUAUGUACCGAGAAACCACUUUCACAUACAUCAUGUCAUUUCAUCUUCACCCCACCUCCAAAUGAGGUAAGCAGAGGUUAUCCCUAUUUCAUGGAUGAGUUAACUGAGGCUCAGAGAGGUGACUUGCCCAAGGUGACUCAACUAGUAAAUGGCAGAGAUGAGACUCAAACGCAGGUCUGAUUAUCCCAAAGUUCUUAUUGCUUUAGAUACACUUCUUUGACUCUAGGGGUUCACAAAUGAAAUAAGGAGACAGGAGGUUAGGAGGCAGAAUGCCAGGGCUCUGGAGGGGAGGAGUGGUCUCUCCUGGAGGAGUGAAGCACAGCCAGGGGUAUAAAACCACACCCCUUGGAGGACUGUGGCAGACUGAUACUUGGGACACCCAAUGGAUGACUGUGAGGUCAGGGGCGGGGCUAGCUCCAGGGUGGGGGUGCCCAGGAGCCCCAACAGCAGUUCAGAGCAUGCGGUGUCCAGGAGGAAGCUACAACCGGCUUGAGAAUAUGCUGUUCCUGCCUCCCCUUUUCACCAUGGACCCCACACUGUGGCCCUUCUCUCAGAACCUCUGAGAUUGGUACCCAGCACCCCCAUGACUGCAGCCCAGCAGGAGGUCUGGCCUCGGGACCAGAGAAAGGAAUUGGCCAGGAUCCCAGGUGUAGCCAAAGCUGUAACUCUUCCCCAUCCCACUCCCAGGAUCCCACUGUCCCUGAACCUCCACAAAGGCCUCUGGAGCCAGAACCAGUUGGCCUCCUGCAGCCCCACCCCAGGUUCCCUCCCCCAGGGCCCCACACAGCUCAGCCCUGGGGAGAUGGAAGAGUCUGAUCAGAGGCACACAGGUGAACUUGCAACCUGUGUGGGUCAUGUGGGCACAGCAAGCCACCCAUCUCACCAACACCCUCCCCCACCCCCUCCUGCUCGGUCUCGGCCCUAUUCUUGUUCUGUCUGUGGAAAGAGGUUUUCACUCAAACAUCAGAUGGAGACGCACUACCGUGUCCACACAGGAGAGAAGCCCUUCUCCUGUAGCCUCUGUCCCCAGCGCUCCCGGGACUUCUCAGCCAUGACCAAGCACCUGCGGACGCAUGGGGCCGCACCCUACCGCUGCCCUCUGUGCCAGGCCGGCUGCCCCAGCCUGGCCUCCAUGCAGACGCACAUGCGCGGCCACUCGCCCAGCCAGCUCCCGCCGGGAUGGACCAUUCGCUCCACCUUCCUCUACUCCUCCUCCUCCUCCUCGAGGCCAUCUCGGGCCUCGACCUCUCCCUGUAGGCCCCCUUCCUCAACCACCUGACAGGGUGUCAGUAGCUUCUUUGGCUUCAGCCAAGCGUACAGAAUGAAAGAUGGGCCGGCGGGCCUGCUAGGCUUCUGACCUCGCACCGCGGCUACGGCCGCCUAGCAAACUCUGCUCCAAGAAGCGUCGCAGGAAGGGCGCCAAGAGCCCUCUCCCAGAUGACCGCGGGCCACAGAAACCUGGGCCAGCGAGCCCGUGUGGGGUGAGGGCAGUGAAGUGUGCACGAGUGAAGGUUAACUGUGCGGGGACUUGCGGUUCAUCACCAAAAUAAAGAGUUUCCUGUGCCCUCCUCUCGGGACCAGAAAGCCGAGUCCGGACUUUAGCCUGCGGGCGGGGGACAGCCUUGCCCCUAGUCCUGUAGCGGCCCCUGGUGGUUCAUCGCGGCGGCCACCUCCUCCGUCUCCCGGGGCUCCCUCUCCUCCCCCAGAGGCAGAGGGCCGCGAGGACUCGGCGUCCAGGCCGACUUAGCCCUGUGUGGGGAGGCUGUCAGAACCCAAGUUACCCGUCCCUUCCACAGCAAGCAACUGCGCGCGGAGUCUGAGUCUGGGCCUCCAGCCGGAGGCUCGAGAGGAACGCGUGCUCCGCCCUGCUUUCGGCCACCCUCCUCCUUUCCUAGAGCACAAGAGCCGAAAGGCCGCAGCCUCUCCAGCAUCCUCCCUCCAGGCUGUACGAAACGGCUGCCGGGUUUAGCUCCGAACUGAGACUAAUCUUUUGCCGCCGCCCCUUACCCAGCCCACGCCUCCUGCAGUACCGAACUUCAUUUUCCAGCGUCUCUGGUGUUCCCAGGGUCCGAGGCCCACCGCACUCUGGGAGUGGUAGUUCACACGGGCCGCUGGCCUCGACAAGAACAAUGGGAGGAGUCUGGGUCAAGAACCACAUCUCCCGGUGGCCCCGGAGAUCGCUUUCUGGGUCGGGUCAGGACCCCAUAGUCCCAGCUCUCGCGGCCCUAGCUCGCCAGGAAGGAGCGAGGCGCUCGAACUACAUUUCCCAGAGGGCCCUGCGCCUCAUCCUCUCCCGCCGCGACGCGGGGGUCUAUGCUCUUCAGAUGCGGUCUAAGGGUGACGGCCGGCAGGCCUCGGACUCCCGCUCCCGUGGUGCCCCGCGCGCGGCCGGCCCAGCCCCCGGCUCCCGGCGACCCCGCGGCGGCGCUGGUGGUUGUCGUGAGCCGCCGCCGCCCCGCCCCUC